CUUUAGGCACCCCUCCUACGGGGAGUGCGUUGGACUAUCCCAGAUCAAGGCGCGCGGGGGCGGAAGCGGCGGCGGUGGCUGUCAGAGCUGGACAGGGUCGGGGCAGAGCGGCCAUGGAGGGUCAACGCUGGCUGCCCUUGGAGGCCAAUCCCGAGGUCACCAACCAGGUGAGUCAGGUGUACGUCGUUUAGGACCCCUGGAAUCCCUUCUGCCCUGCUCAGUGUACUUCUCUGACGGCCUCCAUCUCGCGUUCCCGAGGAUUCUACGAUUUCAUUCCUUUCUCAAACAAUUAGGUUUACAUCCUAACUGGCAGUUUGUUGAUGUCUAUGGAAUGGAUCCUGAACUCCUGAGCAUGGUACCAAGGCCAGUGUGUGCAGUGCUGCUUCUCUUCCCUAUUACAGAAAAGUAUGAAGUAUUCAGAACAGAAGAAGAGGAAAAAAUAAAAUCUCAGGGACAGGAUGUUACAUCGUCAGUAUAUUUUAUGAAGCAAACGAUCAGCAAUGCCUGUGGAACAAUUGGACUGAUUCAUGCUAUUGCAAAUAACAAAGACAAGAUGCACUUUGAAUCUGGAUCAACCUUGAAAAAAUUUCUGGAGGAGUCUGUGUCAAUGAGCCCCGAAGAACGAGCCAGAUACCUGGAGAACUAUGACGCUAUUCGAGUUACUCAUGAAACCAGUGCCCAUGAAGGCCAGACUGAGGCACCAAGUAUAGAUGAAAAAGUAGAUCUUCACUUUAUUGCAUUAGUUCAUGUAGAUGGGCAUCUCUAUGAAUUAGAUGGGCGGAAACCAUUUCCUAUUAACCAUGGUGAAACUAGUGAUGAAACUUUAUUAGAGGAUGCCAUAGAAGUCUGCAAGAAGUUUAUGGAACGCGACCCUGAUGAAUUAAGAUUUAACGCGAUUGCUCUUUCUGCAGCGUAGCUUGUCAAUAAUGGAAACACCAAAUACUGUAUUCUUUUCAACAGAAUUUAAAUUUCUGCUGCCAUACACUAACUCGAAUUUUGAUAUUUUCAUUAACUUGAGUGAUUAAACUUUAUGUGAAUUAAA